AUGUCAAGCCUUCUUUCUAACGCGACUUUUCUGAACGAGGCGGAACUCAGCCCGGCAUUGGUGGUACUGCGAACGGCGUUCAUCACCGUAACGAGCCUCACCAUCAUCUGCUUGAAUAGCAUGACCGUCGCCGUCAUGCUGAGGAUAAGAGGGGAGUUCCCACCAGAUUCCACCAAAGUUGCCAUGACCUCGCUCGCCAUUUCAGAUCUAGGGGUUGGGAUCAUGUGCGUUUUCUGUAUCCCACUAUCGACCUUGGACAGGUGGCCCUUUGAGGUAAUGUGGCCAUGCACAGUGAUGUGCUCCGUGAUCGUUCUACUUUGUGGUAUCUCCGUUUUCAAUCUACUGACACUCUCCAUUGACCGCCUGUUUGCGAUCACCAAACCUUUACUUUAUCCAACUCUACUACCACAGAAACGCACGCUAUUCUUCACCAUAUUCGGAUGGGUAAAUUCAACUGUAUUUGUAGUACUAGUCAUGGCGGCAGUGCAACCCAUCGUGGAAUAUAACCGUGACGCAGUCAUGGUGAGUUGCAGUACAGCGAAGCCAAUUUUUACAUUGAUGUGA